CUCUGUUGCAAGUGUUUUUCUAAGGGCCGGCUGUGCCUGUAAUUUCGCUUUAGGUUCCAUUUCAAUCCAUUUGGGAAGAGGUUUCUUGGCUUGAAAAAUAUGAAAACACAAGCAUCUUAUUUGGAUGCUAGUGGGGCAAAGGCACUGCUGGAGUCAGUUGACACAUUCUUGUUUGAUUGUGAUGGUGUGCUGUGGCAUGGCGCUAAUGUGAUUAAGGACGCGGAAGCAGUGGUGAACAAGCUGCAACAGCUCGGGAAGAAGGUUUUCUUGGUAACCAACAACAGCACUAAAACACAAAAUGAGUAUGUCAGCAAGUGUGCCAAGUUAGGCUUCCAAUGCUCUCAGUCCCAGGUGGUCAGCACGUCGUUCCUGACGGUGCAGUACCUGAAGUCGCUUCACUUCGACAAGAAGGUGUACCUGGUGGGCUCGACCGGCCUGUCCCGCGAGCUGGACGCCGCCGGCAUCCGGCACAUCGGCCUUGGCCCGGAUGUGAUGGAGGGCAACGUAUUUGACGGCCGGCUCGACCACAUUCGCCUCGAUCCCGAAGUGGGCGCCGUGGUGGUCGGCUUCGACAGCCACAUCUCCUUCAACAAGAUCUUGAAGGCGUCCUCCUACCUGAAGAACCCGGACGUGCUCUUCGUGGCCACCAACCGCGACGAGCGCUUCCCUAUGGAGCACCUCAUCUGCCCUGGUACGGGCACCAUGGUGGCAUCCGUGUGCGUGGCCUCGGGUCGCGAGCCGGUCGUCAUGGGCAAGCCGUCCCAGCAGGUGUUUGAGGCUCUCCGGCAGCAGCACGGUCUCGACCCGGCCCGCACCCUCAUGGUCGGAGACAACUGCAAGACGGACAUCACCAUGGGGAACCUCUGCGGCCUGCGCACGAUGGCUGUGCUGACGGGCGUGACGACGGCCGCCGAGCUGCAGCGGCUGCGCGGCUCGGAGCGCGCCGACGAGGCCGUCCAGGUGCCGGAGCUGGUGCUGCCCGCGAUCGGGGACCUUCUGCCGCACCUCUAGCGCGGCCGGCCGCCGCCGCCGAAUCUCAGGGCCGGCAGGGGCCGGGUCGGCGGAAGCCCCGGGCGAGGCGCGCCGGGCCGGCUGAAUCUGCUUCGGGUAUUUGUUGUGUCGUCUUAUCUCACAGAAGGUGGUUGGGUGGAGAUGCGUGUCGUAUGUCGGCAGGGGAAGAUUGUGCCAUUCUUUGUACUGUGUGUCGUGGUACACGGCUGCACCAUGCUCAGCGACCCAGAUGUCGGGAAGGGUUGGGAAUGUCACGAUACGUUUGAUCUGGACUCUUUGUUUAACUUAGCAAACUUAGCGCGCGUCGGGUAACCUUACUUAACAAACUUAGCACGCGUCGAGUCACCAUGCCCAAGAACAAGCGCAGACAGACCGCUCUGACAUUGGUGUCGUGUUUUAACGAUACUCGUGGAUUAUCUCACGACGUUGUGAUGUCCAGUUCAGUGUGCUUAGCCCCGUUUAAAACUGUUAUUUCAAGAAAAAGAUGGCACGUCAAUUCGGAACGUCAACCCGCUGUGGUGCCGCCGGCUUGUUUUGAUGCCUCAAUGAAAACGACGGUGAUUUUCGUUACCGUAUGAUAAACGUUCUGGUUUUGUAGCGUCAUUGACAAAGUUGUACACCUAUAAUUUUCUGAUGACUUAGCUGUGGACGUCUUGCAAUAUACUACUUACACUCAUCUAAC